AUGUCGGGUGCGAGGCUCGAGCGUUUCGAGCGUCUGAGGGCCGAGGCAGGCGGAUGGAGGACUUUUUCGUGGAGUGCGAGCUGGUACCUCGGAUCCCGCCAGGUCGUCAGCAACGAACAUGCCCCUCAGCUACUCAUCUUCCACUCGCCAGCUCAACAGCUCGGCUCCGAUAUCAAUGGUUUUCAUCUUUCGGACGAAGAAUUAAGCGGCGCUACCCCUCCCAAAGCCAGACACACGUCUCUCUCUCUCCCAUCGAGCCCAGAGCCCCUUGAUUCCGCCGGCUCCGCCACUCCCAAGGCUGACCACACGCCUCUCCCUCACCCAUCGACCCUCCCUCGCGUCAAUUGUCUACCGUACCCGCCUCACACUAACCCGCGCUGCCUCUGGGUUUACGGCCACUUGAUCGCAGACAACGUCAGGAAGAGGCUAGUCGCGGAGAUGCCCACCCUAGGGCGCAUAUCGCUAGACAACUUUUUCGAGGUGUACCCCGUCAUCGCACGCAAGCUUCUCGGAGUGAACGAGAAGACGGCGAAUGAGGUCCGCCUCGUCGCUUGCCAGGUCCAUGUCAGCGCGACGAGGAAGAUCCCGGAGCUCUACAGGAUGGACCUGACCAACCAUAUGCCGCGGCUCGUGCUCUCGCUGUUCACAUUCACGAAGCGGGCGUUCCGCACGCUACCGUCGCAGGCUGCGGUGGACGAGGUGACGGAUAUGAUGGGGAGCCCGCCCGUGUGGUGGCCGCUUUCAAACGACGAUUCCGACGGGUCUACCGCUCCCAAGGCAAACCAAACGCCAUUACCUUCCGAACCGAGCCCAGAACCCCCCGCCCCCGUCGACUGCACGCCCUACCCCCCUUACACCAAGCCGCGCCGUGCAUGGGUAUACGGCUACGUCAUCUCAACCGCUGUGCGGAAUAGGCUUAUAGUGGAGUUUCCCGCCCUGGAACCUAUCCCUCCAGAGUACUUCGCGAAGGCGCUCCCGUACGUCGCCUGCCAAGUCCUCAAAAUGGUUCAAGAGGCUGUGGAAAAGAUCCCGGAGUUCCACAAGCUGCCGUCGCAGGAGGCGGUGGAAGAGAUGACGGACAUCAUGGGGAGCCCACCCUUAAGGCCUUAA